AUGGGUAAGUGCAUGAGAAAUGAUAAAAUCACAGGAGGCGUUGCCGUCAUGGAGGUCUCUCAGGCGUCCCUGGGCGUCCGAACCAGAGCCAAAACCCUAGCCCUUCAAAGGCUCCAAUCAACAACCAAAUCCCCAACACCUCUCCCCCUAAACCCAGAAUCAUGUUAUCUUCGGCUUCGCUCUAGAAGGCUCGAAAAGUGUCCAUUGCUCACCGACACCAGAAGGCAACUUCAAGAACAACAAAAAUCAACCCCAAAAGGGAGUUGCAGAGGAAACCCCGAAAAAAAUCUACAUGCAAACUUUGAUUCUAGGGCGAGUUCGAGGUUGAGGAUGAGUUCUGGGAACGCGGGUUCUGUUGGAUCAGUCUCAAUUAUCUGUUGCCAGAAAGAUUUGGGCGGAACUACUGAUAGGGCUCGCAAAGAUUACGAACCAGAUAGCUACGAUUUGGGUGUUGAGGUUUCUUGUGGAGAGAACAAUUUGGAGUUUGAACCAAAAGAUAG